UUAAUUAAGCUUUAUUGAGAUUUGAGAGAGGUAAUGCCAUACUGGGGAAGCAAGGAUCCCCUAGAAGUCCUCGUCCUGAUGUUGUGAAAAUGAAAGAUUAUCAGACCAGAAGUUCAGAAUGUUUGCCUGGUAUUGAUCCUAUCCUUGGGAGGAGAUUGUCGGGAGGGGAUAAUAAUUGGAAAACUAAAGUUGCAUUGCUUCAUGAAUUGAAAAACGAGCAUGGAAAUCUUGGUUCUUGUAAGGCGGUUUAUGUUGGGAAAAGGCACUUGUGGUUCCGUAAGCAUGUUAAGUCAAUUGCUCUUAUGUUUGCAUUGACGGGGUCUCUUUUCUUGCUUGACUCUUUCAUGGUGUCACUUUUUGAUUCGAUAAGUCUGCAAAAUAGUUCACCCCCAAUGACAUCAAGCGGUGUUAAGGGGGAUAGAACUGCAUAUGCUACUGAAGAGGAACGUCCAGUCCAGAUGUAUGGUCGGCUCCAAAAAGUGGCUUACAGUGCUCUUACAGAGAAAGAGUUUAAGCAAGAUACGUCGAAUUUUUGGGAGGAACCACGGAAGGCAUCUUUAUGGAAACAUUGUGGAGAUAGAAAAGAGCAGAAAAAUAAGGGCAACUGACAAAAACAAUUGGUACAUAAUGGUCAGUGC